ACCCAGCCUGUGAAACAGGAAGAUAACUUGGUCGAAACCCGUAUUAGUAGAAUGAAAACACGGCAGACGGUGGACAAGCUUUACUAGCAAACAGACUGCAGACUGGGAAACAUAAUUUAAUAGAUAUAAAACAGCUGCUCGUGUUGAAGUGUAGUAACGUGGUGAGUUCACAGCAAACAGGGUGUUUUUUUAGCUCCCUGCGUUAGCUUGUUUGCUAACUUUAACACAAAUCCGGAUUGAGAUUCUCCCACAGCUGGGUAGGGUGACAAGUCUCCUUAAAUCACAUUUCAUCAUGGGAUCCAGAGCCUCCACGUUACUCCGAGAAGAGGAAAUUGAAGAAAUUAAGAAGGAGACUGGCUUCUCACACAGUCAGAUCACCCGCCUGUACAGCCGCUUCACCAGCCUGGAUAAAGGAGAGAACGGCACCCUCAGUCGAGAAGAUUUCCAGAGGAUCCCGGAGUUGGCCAUCAAUCCGCUGGGAGACAGAAUCAUCAAUGCGUUCUUCCCUGAGGGAGAGGACCAGGUGAACUUCAGGGGCUUCAUGCGGACCUUGGCUCACUUCCGACCAAUCGAGGACAAUGAGAAGAGCAAGAACGCCGCCGUUAGCGAGCCGCUCAACAGCCGGACGAACAAGCUGCUCUUUGCUUUCCGUCUGUAUGACCUGGACAGAGAUGACAAAAUCUCUCGAGACGAGCUGCUGCAGGUCUUACGGAUGAUGGUUGGUGUAAACAUUUCAGACGAACAGCUUGGCAGCAUUGCUGAUAGGACCAUACAGGAGGCUGACACCAAUGGAGACAACUCCAUUUCCUUCAAUGAAUUCAUCAAGGUCUUGGAGAAGGUGGACGUGGAACAGAAAAUGAGCAUCCGGUUCCUACACUAAAUUGCGUUUCUUUUAUUUUUUUUUAAUUAUGACUAUUACUAUUUUGAGUAGAGCUUCAACUUGUCAGUUGAUUUCAAAACACAACCUCAUCCAGCUUCUCAGCGAGCUGCCGUGUCCCACACUACGAGAACACACCUUUAGACCAAGCGUUAGGUAGAUAAUGUCAUAGAUUCUGCCUCUGCACUGCUCUGUAAACAAAGGGAAAAGUUGUGUGCCUUGGGUUGUUUUAUGCAAUGUCACUAUGUAUUUUUUCCCCCCGGCAAAGGAACAUUAUUUAUUAGUAAACUUUCAGAGGGUCACAGUCAGUACCACUGCUGUUCCACUUUUCACAUGAAAAUAGAUUUUACAGCACAGUACGUUAAAGCUUUUUGCUGUUGCAGUGAGUACCUUUUAUUCUAGGUUUACUCGUGAUGUUUAAUGGAUAGAUGGCACAUGAUGUGUCCUUGUCCAUGUAAAUAUGCAAUGGCUCAAAGCGGACUUGGUAGAUAUGGGAUUUCACUUCAAAACAGACAGUGUUUUUAAAGCUAACAGGAUCUUAUGACUCCUUUUUUUUGACUUGUGUCGGAGCAUUAGUUGACUAAUCGAGUUGUCAAAUGACAGAAAAAAAGCUCUGAGUUUGUCUCUUGGAGCAUAGCAGGACCGGCUCCACAGAUUGUUUUUGUGUUUUACUCACUGAAGUGCCAUGGCAUUGGUUCCCCUUUGUAAGUUAUUAUAUCAACUGAAAAACCAGAACCUAUCGCCAUGUUUGUUUAUUUUUUAUUUUUCAUAUGGGUUAACAUAGCUACUGCCAAUAGAUUGUAAUUAUCUGUUUCAAUUGUUGGACUUGAACCAAAGUGAGUUUGACCCUCUUUUGAAGCCAGUAACCACCACUGAUUCAACAUGUGCAUAAUGUGAUAUUUAAAGAACUACUUAAUUCAGUUACAACUAAAAACUGUGGCUGUAAGAAUGAAAAUUUCACAAAAACAAAUGCUGCUAUCUCUUUGGCUAGUGUGUGUUUAUCUUCCCUAGCACCUGGUCUAUUCAAUUACAAAAUGGUAUCGCUCGGAUUUUGCUGCCACUGUGGCCUGCUUUCCAGAUUGAGUCUUCAAGCCCUGACAGCAGCUAACAGUGUCAGGCCCUGUGAUGGAAAUUGUGCCGUGGACUAGUUAGUUUGUAGACUUAGAACAGCUAAAUCCGUAAUAACGUGCUAUGGUUCUAUAUAUCUAAUCAGUCUUCCUGUGGUUUAGGAAAGUUUGUGUUAAUGUAUGCACUGCUUCAAUAUGUGUCUGCCAAUUUAUUUUCCCACUGAAUAGUUCCAGACGCUAAAAAGAAUCAAAUGCUUUCAUAUAAAUAUAUUUUCUGUACAGGCUAGUGUACAUGAUUUGUGCUAAUGGCUGACCCUUUAAUCUUUAAUGUGGGUUUGUUAAAUCAUAAAAAGAUCACCCUCCAGCAGCUGAGUGCAGGAAAAAGAACAUGAUCAUAUAAUUAAUCAUUAUGUGAUUAUCAUUCAGAUAUGUGUCACAUGUUAUGUGAUGUUGGUAUGGGUAUUAUCAAAGUGAUUCAUGAAUUUAAUUUGAAUAAAUUAAGUGCC